UUACGUACCUUAUUAAUUACAGUCAUAGCUGGAUUUUAAUCACCCAAUAGUUAUUUUUCAGUCGAUUCCAAAUAGCAGCAAUUACAGCAAAUAGCUAGGCGAUUGAAAAAGUAAAAUACCGAAAAUCAUCUAUUUUGACUUAUCUGACGUUGACAACAUUGACAAAUGACAAUGAAACUAACAAUUCAAAAAAGAAGAUAAAUGUGUCUUGUACUACUGAGGCAUCAGCUAUUACUCUAAUUCGACCUUAUUUAUUUGACCUUGACAUGACAGAUGAAAUGAUUGACAGAAAACGUCACAUUUUCAGAAUUUCCGAAUUUCCCCAUUUCCCAACGAGAGUACGCCGAAUAACCCGAUAAAUACAAAUCGAACAAUUCCGCGAUUGAACCAAAUUAUACCACGUAACGUUAUGAUUUCGCAAUAAAUGUCACAAGUACCUAAUUUUAAAUAUUUAUCUCGAUUCUAUGCACACUAAAGGUCAGAUUUACAUAAGCACUUUAUAUUAAUGUAGAGUCGCGAUGAAGAGCGCCCAUUCGAAAGACACGAUGGCCCGAGAAAGGCACGACAGUUUUUGCACCAUCAACGAAAAGCCGGUCGAUGAUAUUUCGCUGCAAUUUUUUUAUAAUCCACAUACUAUAACGUUAUUGUUAAUAUCCAUCGCUGCGCUUAUAUACUUUGCAUUCGUCAGAGACACCGAUAACUUGGAAAACAACAUUUGGUCGGGCCUGCUAUGCUGCGGCUUCUUCUUCAUGAUAAUCUCGGUGCUGGCCUUCCCGAACGGCCCAUUCAUCCGACCGCAUCCAGCCAUCUGGCGCAUGGUCUUCGGCACGAGCGUCCUCUACCUCAUGUUCUGCCUGUUCAUCCUCUUCCAAAACUACCAAACCGUCAAGAGCAUCAUCCUCUGGCUGGACCCCUCGCUCUCCGAAUUCCACAUCGACAUGGACAAAGAGUACGGCGUCAACUGCUCCGACAUCACCCUCGACCGGCUGUGGAGCCACGUGGACGUCUUCGCCGUCGGCCACUUCCUCGGCUGGCUGUUCAAGGCCGUCCUCAUCAGGCACAUGGGCAUCCUGUGGGCCAUCAGCUGCAUGUGGGAGAUCACCGAGCUGGCCUUCGCCCAUCUCCUGCCCAACUUCAUCGAGUGCUGGUGGGACGCUCUCAUCCUCGACGUGCUCGUCUGCAACGGCUUGGGCAUCUGGUGCGGCCUGAAGAUCUGCAAGAUGCUGGAGAUGCGCGAGUACACGUGGGUGGGCAUCAAGAAGAUCCACACCACGACCGGUAAGAUCAAACGGGCGGUGUUGCAAUUCACGCCGGAGAGCUGGACGUCGGUGAGGUGGUUGGAUCCGCAGUGUUCCUACAUGCGGAUCAUUUCGUUGUGCCAGUUGGUGUUGUUUUGGCAGACGUCCGAGUUGAAUACGUUCUUUUUGAAGCACGUUUUCGAGCUACCGGCUUCGCAUUUCUUGGUAUCCGGUAGAUUAGUACUCAUCGGAGUUAUCGUAGCACCUUCAGUGAGACAAUACUAUUGUUAUGUAACUGAUACAUCGUGUAAAAGGGUGGGUACCCAAUGUUGGGUGUACGGGUGCAUAAUGGUGGCCGAAGCGUUGAUUUGCAUCAAGCACGGUCGGGAGCUGUUCGAGCAAACGCAGAUUGUCAAUAUGAUCGUUUGGUUGUUGAUUAUGGUUAUAGUAUCGGUUGGUGUUGUGAUAACGUGCGUUUUGUACAACAAGUACUAUGCGAAAAAGGCGGAGGCCGGCCCUGGGAAGGGUAAGACGAAAAUUCGGUUCCAGAACGGGCAAGGUGAGAAGAAGAACGAAUGAAAUUGUUGGCACGUUUAAUUGAUAACGAGAAUGUUAGAGUUUAGUUGAUGGAUUUUAAGACUAAUCUUUUUUCUAAAAAAGAAUUAAUACACAAAUGCAUGCGCUGUUGGUUUGUAUUUAGUUGAAUACGGGUAUUAAAAUUUCAAUUGUGAUGAUUUUUAGGCCAAUUUUGUAAAAAAAAAGGGUACUUAAAUUUUGUAUAUGAGUCAUUUUUGGUAUUCGAAUUGCUAUUGCUAGUUUUGUUAAUAUUGAUUGUUUUAUUAUUGAAUUGAUAAUGAUGAUUGGCUUGAAAAUUUCACAUAAGUAUGUAGGUACUUACAAUCAAAAUUUAAAUGUCUGUUGUAUUUAUCAAUGAAUCUGGUUUAUUUAAAAUAGUAAGCAUUAUCAGUGUUUUAUUGAACAAUAUAAUUAGAUAAUCAUUACGGUGCAAAUUUAGAAAAACAGUGUUUAUUUAUUUGAGAGAAUUUUGUCCAAAUUUAAUAUAUCGUCCAUUUAUUUAUAUUCGAACCAUAAGUAUUUUAUUUGUAUUUUUAAUACUCAAUAAAUACCAUCUUCAUUAUAGCCACUAAAGACUGAAUACAUUUGUGUAUAGUAAAAGUACGGUUUGCUCUGAAUUAUUAAUGAUAAUAAAUAAAGUAUAAAUGUAUUUUUGGUAAAUGCUAUCAAUUAAAUAUGCAUCCAAUUUUAACUAUGAACAUCAUAGUUUAUAGUUUACAGUAUUUUUAAUUACCUAAAGUGCUACAAUACACACUGAUGGUUAUUGAAAAAUUACAAAUCUAUUUCUACAACUUACUACAUUGCAAAAAAAAGAAGUGAUAUUCAUUAUGAAUUUGAGAUAUCAAUUUAGUUACCUUAUACUGUUAUAUAUACAAAUUCUUUGUGAUAUCUUAUCGAUUCAAGUUCUCAAAUUUGACAUAUAUUAAUGUUAAGUACGCAACUUAGAGUAAACCUGCAGAUUGAUAAAUAAUUUGUCACCUAAUAUUCUUCUUAUGUGUUUACUCUAAAUCGCGUACAAUAGGUAUAGGCUAUUUAAAUGUUGAAGCUCUCCUAAUUAAAAAUAUCUGCACAUUUUAAAUGUUCGAUGUGGAAAUCGGGAAAGACGUCGGGAAAGUAAAUUUUGACUUUGAUUUGAGAAUGUUAUCAGAUGUAAAGUAAUUCUUUGUACAAGUUUAAAAUGUUUUGGUGCAUUAAUAGUGACUCUGCAACAAUAUAUAAGAGAGGUACUUUUGUCAAGUACCUACUUUACAUUUUAAUAUUUAAUAUUUACACUUUACUAUCUAUUUAUAGAUAUUGUUUAGUAAUUUAAGCAAUAAGUAGGUACUGUGACAAAUAACAUUGUAUAUUAUCUUUGCAGAGUCAUUACAUUGACCUACACAUAUUUUAUACUACAAUAGAUGCAUAUUGGAACGACUAAAAAUUUUUUCAAACAUGUAUAAAGAGUAACUGUAUUAAUUUAAAGUGCAACGAAUUUAGUUGUGUUGAUAUGAUCAAUAUUUUACACAUUAAAAUGAUAUCAAAUUCAAUCAUUUCUAGCGGUUUAAAACAACAUUAUCUCAAAAGUCGGCUUCCUAAUAUUUAAACUUGAUAAGCAAAUAUAGUAGAAAAUAUUUCAAAAUUGUUUGGGAGAUAAUUGGAAUAUUUAUAUUGUUUGCGUUAGGAAUAGAUUUAUUUCCAAUAUUCUAAUGUUUUGUUUUGAUAAAAUAAUUGGUUGGAAAUACCGCUGGUAAUGAGGGAAUUUGUUUGAUAAUUUAACUAUAUCUUUAUAUCGUUGUUAAUUUUCUUCGAAUUUGUGAAAUCUAGUCAGUCUGGCUGGCCAUAUUAGAAGCAAUUCAUUGUUAGUUUUUAUUUAUUUUUAAUAAUUUAUUGUUCUUACGUUAAGAGGCAUCCAGUCUGUACUGAUAUAACCUAAUUUCGUUGUGUCUGCAUAAGCAUUCCUACUAGUUGUAUGAUAGAGUGAAAACCACGUUACCAAAGAAUAAAUUUCUUGUUGAACCGGUAA